AGUCAGACAAAGUGCACAUAGUAAUCGCUCUGUUCCUGACUGCUGUAGAAUGAAGUUUGGCAGUGCUCAGCAGUGAUAGGAGGCGGUGUCUGCCUUCCGCCCUCCCUCCUCCUACAGCUGCACACACACAGAGGAAGAAGUGACUGACCCAGUGUAACGCUGAUCACAUGGAUGUGUGCUCCUGUCAUUGGCAUUCAGUUACAGUUUACCAGAGCAAUGACUUCGGUGACCACAUCUGUGUUUGGGAACCUGCCCGGCGGAGGAACAGUGGAGACGUUUCAUCUUGAGUCAGACUGCGUUAAGGCAGAAAUAAUUUCCUUUGGCUGUAUCAUAACUCGUUUACAAACGAAAGACAGAGAUGGAAAUUUCUCAGAUAUUGUCCUGGGGUUUGAUGAUUUAAAUGGUUAUACAGAUAAGCAUCCCUAUUUCGGUUCAGUGAUUGGACGUGUAGCAAAUAGGAUUGCCAAGGGUAAAUUCACUGUGGAUGGCCAGGAUUUCCAGUUACCCAUCAACAAUGGACCAAACAGCAUACACGGAGGACUUAAGGGCUUUGAUAAGGUGCUCUGGACUCCUGAGGUGACUGAGAAUGGUGUGCGGUUCUCUUACACAAGUGCUGACGGAGAGGAAGGAUAUCCCGGAGAGUUGAAAGUCUGGGUGACUUACACACUUCGUGGUGGCGAGCUAACGCUACACUAUAAAGCCCAGACUAGUAAAACCACACCUAUGAAUCUUACAAACCACUCCUAUUUCAAUUUGGCGGGACAGGGUACAGUAAAUAUAUAUGACCAUGAAAUUACCAUUGAUGCUGAGCAUUAUCUUCCUGUAGAUGAGACCAUGAUACCCACAGGAGAGGUGGCAGCUGUUCAAGGAACUUUCUUUGACUUAAGGAAGCCAGUAAAUCUUGGGAAUCAGAUGGCUAAACUGCAAGAAAAUGGCUAUGACCACAACUUUUGCUUAAGUGUGACACAGAAACCCAAGCUUUGUGCAAGAGUGUAUCACAAGCCAAGUGGCAGGGUUCUCAGCGUCAGCACAACUCAGCCUGGAGUCCAGUUCUACACUGCUAAUUUCUUGGAUGGAUCACUUAAGGGAAAAGGUGGUGCUGUGUAUCCUAAGCAUUCUGCGUUUUGUCUUGAGACUCAGGCAUGGCCAGAUGCUGUAAAUAAGCCACAGUUUCCGAACUCGCUUCUGCACUCAGGGGAAGAGUAUAAUGAGACCACUUUGUUUAAUUUCUCUGUGCAGUAAUAUACACUGUAAUCUACAUCAGACAAUUUGGGACUAUACAGCUGCUGAUAAAUUACAUAUUCCAGCCAGCCAUGUUACACUACAUCAUGGGUGGCCAACCCGAUCUUCAAGGACCUUUAACAGGUCAUGUUAUACAGACCGCCUGUGGAUAUGUAGAAUGAGUCAAUAAUGCUGGGCAUCGGUGUAUCUGGCCGAUCGAUCACCCAGAUAAUUGUACUGUGUAUUCUCGUGAUUGAUCUAAAUAAAAAACAAUUGGUCGACAUGCAGUAUCCGUCCGAUUCGGUAUUUUUGGAGUUGCAAGUCAGCCACAUUAAGCAGCGUAUGCACUGCCACAGCCAACUGCCCCUUUUCCUUCACAUGGGAAGAACUAGGAAAUGUCUCCUCCCUGUGAAGGUACCCAGGUAUGGUGGCCAUAUACCAUGUGAGCUAUCUCACAGUGUAUUGUUACGAUAUAUGCUGGGUUGGUUACAAGCUGUCAUAUGUCUGACAGGCAUUUUAUGUGACUGUUUAUGGUCCGCAUUAGAAAUUAAUGUACCACGUAUUUUAAUACACCAGCUACUUACUGUAGGUGGUCUGGAAUAUGUUCUCUAAGGCCGGGUUGGCCACCCCUGAACUACAUAAUCCUGAUCAUUGAAGAUUUCAAGACUGAAAAGGUUUCCUAAAUGAAUAUUCUGUUUCACAAUUUUGUCCUGACGGAAAUCCUUCCUAUGUACGAAAAUAAAUAUAUUUACUUUUACUCAGUUUAAAAAUUACUAGUAAGGAGACAAGAUGUAUAGACAGUCACAUGCAUAAUGAUAAUAAAAAAUGAACAAGACAUAUACAUGAACUUUGUACAGUAGUGUAUUUCUAGUUCUUAAUAUGUACUUUUACAUAUGUAUUAGAUUAAUAUCAUAAUAAAUAUCACUUAUUUCAUGUAAAAAAUUAUUGCCUAAGUAUAUUUACGAUACUGUAGGUGCAAAUAUGGUAAACGUAUGCACUGUAUAUCUGUAUUUUUUGGCUGUUUUAAAUAACUGGUUAUAGUUUAAGAUGAAAUCUAAUAAAAGCUAUAUAUUACCUAGACAAAA